GCUCUUCCUGGCAAGAUGAGUCCCACCAGCUUCCUCCUCCUUACAUUGCUCCUCGUUCUGGUGACAGAAGCAAGGGGGGCCCGUGAAAAAUUCUCGCAAGCAGUUGAAGAGUUUUCUAGUGAAAAUUCUGAAGCAAAUAGUCCAAAAAGCAUGGUCCAUGAGGAGGUCUAUGAGGAAAAGAAGUUUAAACGGAAUAUGGUCAAUGGUGAAGAUGGUGAAGUCAAAAGGAGAGCAUCCGCAGGGGAGAUAGAGCGGUCUUACAUGCGGAAAAAGGAAAAGCAACGGUUUGCACAAGAAUUGGAUAAAUAAAAUGGCUACAAAGGAGCUGAAGACCUGGACAGAAAUGACGGAGUCACACAGUGUCAAUGAAGCUCCUCAUGUCCUGAGGAUGGAGACUUUCAGGAGGUCUCAGACGCGGUUCACGGAUUUAUUUCAUUUGGUUCUCAAACUUGUUUUUGAGAUUCCUAAACCAGACGGUUAUGAGAAUGCCCUCUUUCCAAUAAAAAGACAACAUUUUGCAUCAUU